GCGUAAGCUUAUAAGGCAAUUCUUUUCUUCUUCUGUCUCUUUUUUCACCUCGGGAUCUUGUGACGCUCAAUCUUUGCUUUCAUUUGAUUCGUGUUUUAGCCUAUCUUCCCCAUAUACGUUGGCGAUCAGUGCCCCCGGCAGUGCCCCGGCUCCCCAACGUUGGUCCCAAGUGGGCCCAAGUAUAAAAAACCCUUUGGUCCUCCUAGAUUGAACUUCCAACCUUCAACACACCCAUCAUGUCGUCCAAGCCGGAUGCUUCACGCCCUCGGGCGGCUGACACCAAGAAGGUGCACAUUGCCGAUACUCAGAUGACUCGCCAGAACUGGUACAAGCACGUCAACUGGCUCAACGUCACUUUCAUCAUCGGUAUUCCCCUCGCGGGCUGUAUCCAGGCUUUCUGGGUACCUCUGCAGUUGAAGACCGCCAUCUGGGCAGUCAUUUACUACUUCUUCACUGGACUGGGAAUCACAGCUGGAUACCAUCGCCUCUGGGCCCACUGUUCUUAUUCCGCCACUUUGCCUCUGCGUAUCUGGCUCGCUCUGGUCGGCGGCGGUGCUGUCGAGGGCUCCAUCCGCUGGUGGGCUCGUGACCACCGUGCUCACCACCGUUACACCGACACCGACAAGGACCCUUACUCCGUUCGUAAGGGUUUGCUGUACUCCCACCUGGGAUGGAUGGUCAUGAAGCAGAACCCCAAGCGAAUUGGUCGCACUGACAUCACCGAUCUGAACGAAGACCCCGUUGUUGUCUGGCAGCACCGCAACUACAUCAAGGUCGUGCUCACCAUGGGCCUCAUCGUCCCCAUGCUGGUUUCUGGUCUCGGCUGGGGUGACUGGUACGGCGGAUUUGUGUACGCCGGUAUUCUGCGCAUCUUCUUCGUGCAACAGGCUACCUUCUGCGUCAACUCGCUGGCCCACUGGCUCGGCGACCAGCCCUUCGACGACCGCAACUCUCCCCGUGAUCACAUCAUCACCGCCCUGGUCACCCUCGGUGAGGGAUACCACAACUUCCACCACGAGUUCCCCUCCGACUACCGCAACGCCAUUGAGUGGCACCAGUACGACCCCACCAAGUGGACCAUCUGGACCUGCAAGCAGCUCGGCCUCGCCUACGACUUGAAGCAGUUCCGCUCCAACGAGAUCGAGAAGGGCCGCGUCCAGCAGCUGCAGAAGAAGAUCGACCAGAAGCGCGCCAAGCUCGACUGGGGUACUCCCCUCGACCAGCUUCCCGUUAUGGAGUGGGACGACUAUGUCGAGCAGGCCAAGAACGGCCGUGGCCUGAUCUCCAUUGCCGGUGUUGUUCACGACGUGACCGACUUCAUCAAGGACCACCCCGGUGGCAAGGCGAUGAUCAAGUCCGGCCUUGGCAAGGAUGCGACGGCCAUGUUCAACGGUGGUGUUUACUACCACUCCAACGGUGCUCACAACUUGCUUUCCACCAUGCGUGUCGGAGUCAUCCGCGGUGGUGGUGAGGUUGAGAUCUGGAAGCGUGCUCAAAAGGAGAACUCCGAGUAUGUGCGUGAUGAGACAGGCCAGCGGAUUAUCCGGGCCGGUCAGCAGGUCACCAAGAUUCCCGAGCCGAUCCCCACUGCAGAUGCAGCUUAAACUGAACUUGAUGACAUGUUUUUUUGCAUUUGUGGGUUGCUCGGAGUUGGCGUUUUUUUCCCAUCUGUUUCCUGUUUGAUCAAAAGCGACCUGUGACGCACUUCAUAGAUAAUCAUGAAUUAGAAACGAAUUUUCAUCCUUAAAUGAAUAUA